AACUGAAAUAGAAUACUUUUAAAUCAAGAUGGAGGAUACCGGGUGAGAAAAAAAACAUACGAAGAUAAAAACAUAGAUUUUAUAUAUUCUAGCUAUAUUAGUUUCCUUUGUAGCUUAUUACUUUACAAAAUUUAUGAUAAGGCAUAUAUUGCGUAACAUUGUGAAGAAUACGAAAAAAAUAAGUCUGUUUUAUGAUAACCUUGGAGAACAAAGAAAAAGAGAAUUUUUAUCAGAUCAAAUCAAAAUUGGUGAUGAGAUAUGAAAGCCCAAAAUAAGACUUAAAGAAAAAUAUACCAUAUGUUGUAACAGUAAUCAGAUAGGUUUAAACAAAAAACUUUAAUUUACAUUUAUAAAACUAGCAUGAAACGUUUAAAAAGAGCUUUGUCGUUAACAAAGUCUGCACCAAGGAUAGAAGAGAGUAUAUCAGAGAUAGAUGAAUAUUUAAGAGACACUUCUUUAGAACCUCAUCUUGAAAAUGGUGAAAUAGAGUCCACAUAUAAUGGAAAUAAUAAUAGUAAAAAAGACUUUUUGGCUGCUCGCACGAAAAGUGUUGCCUCAACCGACUCUGGACAUGGUUCGGGAAAUGAACUUGAAAAUGGAAACAGUAGAAUGUCACCAGUAAAACUACGAAGGAUGAAUAGACAAUCUUUGGAAACACGACAGAAACGGAUGUCCUUGCCUGCAAAUUUAAAUCUACUGCCUGAAAUGCUCGAACGACAACAAGGGUUUGUCCCUACUUCUCCAUGGGGUGGUGGCAUGUCAAGAAAAGAAAGGCGUGUUUCUUUGUCCGAACUUGGUUAUGGAAAGAUGAGUUCAUACACCAAACUUGAUAAACUUGGAGAGGGAACCUAUGCUACCGUUUUUCGUGGAAAAAGUCGUUUGACAGACACAGUUGUAGCUUUAAAAGAAAUUCGUUUAGAACACGAAGAGGGCGCACCAUGUACAGCUAUAAGAGAAGUAUCGCUCUUGAAAGAUUUAAAACAUGCAAAUAUAGUGACGUUACAUGAUAUAAUCCAUACACCGAAAUCACUAACGUUAGUUUUCGAAUAUGUGGAAAAGGAUUUGAAAUCAUAUAUGGACGAAUGUGGAGGGAUUAUCAGCUUAAGUAACGUCAAGAUUUUCUUGUUUCAACUGUUACGCGGAUUGGAAUAUUGCCAUAAAAGAAAAAUUCUGCACAGGGAUUUAAAGCCACAGAAUUUGCUUAUAAACGAAAAAGGCGAAUUGAAACUUGCGGACUUCGGGUUAGCGCGCGCAAAAUCUGUUCCCACGAAGACGUAUUCGAACGAAGUCGUUACAUUGUGGUAUCGUCCGCCUGAUGUAUUGUUAGGAUCGACAGAAUACAAUGCUUCUAUAGAUAUGUGGGGCGUUGGAUGUAUUUUUUUCGAAAUGGUGUCCGGUAGACCUAUGUUUCCUGGCUCCACAGCAGAAAACGAAUUAACUCUUAUAUUUAAAAUGUUAGGAACACCGAACGAGCGCGUGUGGCCAGGGAUUAGUCGCAACCAAGAAUUUAUAGCAGGAAAUUAUCCUAAUUACAGGCAGGAAAAGUUGCAUAAUCAUGUUCCAAGGAUCGAGUUAGAGGGUUUAGAAUUGUUGCGGCGUUUUAUCGAUUAUGUUCCAACGAAGCGUGUUCGAGCGUCUGAAGCAAUGAAACAUGCAUAUUUUAAUUCGCUAGGACCUGAUGUCUUUAAGUUAAAUGAUACCGAUUCUAUUUUUAUCGCUACACAAAUGCGUUUAACAAAAGAUCCUGGAUACAGGUCCGCUGCACGGCCAGGAAAAUCGGGACCUUCACGACGACUGAGUGUGUUGUUCUAACACAGUAACUUGUAAAAUACUCCGUAAUAUAUCGCACAGCUGUUGACAUCCAGUGGAUAGUCAACGCACAUGAUCUGAUGUCCUCUCUGCUGAUAAAAAUGUCUCGAUAUAGUUUUUUACUUGUGGUUGUGGAACGUGUGUAGUUUUUAUACCGCGAGAUUAAAAUCUCGUAUUUUACUCGAUGGCCUCUGUCGUAUUUUACUCGAUAGCUUGUUCAUAGAAGACAUGCAACCGUUCCGUUUGCGAUUUAGUGAACUUCGACAAAAUUUCGCGUAUGACCAUGUUUGGGUGAAGAAAGCUCGAACGAUGAUCAAGAAGUCACGUGGGAUUCGGUAUAUGGGCUAUGCGUAAUCAUUUCAACGCAGAUUUUCAUUCAAAAAUUAUGACCAUUCACAAUGUUUUUGGUGCGGCAGGCCUUACGUUGACCUAUGAAUUGGCUAUCAGUAAAAAUGACGUCACUGGUGUACAUUACUCCGUGACAGCGGAUUAAUGAAGAAUUAAUUUCAACCAAUGAAAUUUAUUACGCACUUAGUGCCUAGUCUCUUUUGCUUCUUUCUGAAGCCCAGUGUUUUACAAGCACUUCUAAAUUUUUAUUUUUUUUAUGAAUACAGGUGAAAUAGUUGUCAUUUUAAUAUGGUUAAAUACUCUUAGUGUGUCGGUACCCAUGAUAAGGCACCGUUUACACGAGGUGUGUAGCAGAAUGUUUUGUUCUUAGGAUGCAGUAUAUUUCGUUGAGCUAGUUCGUACCGUAAGCUGGUUCAAUGAAUCCUUUGUUUCAAUAAGCCUCAAAAUACCUCCUUCUGUUAAGUUACUGGCUUACAUUAAAAUAUUUUCAAUUUUUAAAUCAAUGAUGGAGUGUUUCUGUGGCUCUCCGUAGCUUUUUUAAAUAUUUUGUAUAUUCUCGAGUAUAUACGCAUUUCUUUCGCCAAGUUUUAGUUGUAAUAUUGUUUGCACUGUAAUAUCCAUUCAAAUUUUUUCAAUCCGACAGAAACGUUCACUCGUUCCACCAUCUAGUUUCUAGUGGUUGAAAAUUUGCUGAUCUAAACAAAAAAUUGAUUAUCUUAUCCCUAAUAGCAAUUUCGUUCAGAUAAGAUACAACAGUCGAGUUGAGCUGGAGAAAGACACAGAUUUUUAAAUGACGGUAAACGAAAAUUUUUUUGAAGUUAAAUUGGGCUUUAGGCCAUAACAACUUUAAAUUGGACUUAGAUCGGAGUACUUUUAAAAUUUCAAACAAUUUUCUUUCCACGUUUUAGCUCUAAUUAAAUUGCUCUCUCUCUCGAUUUUCUUUUGUAAAUAUCACUUUUUUUAUUUGUUGUAAUUUGUAUUUUGAUUUUUACUAAAUUAUAUACACCAUCUAACAA